AUGAUGCACAAGAAUACCAAGACUGGCCAGCGGAAGGCCUCUCCUCCCGGCCCAACUUACAUGAAUGGCGAUCAGAUCGCAAACUACUUGAAAGACCUCCGAACAAAUCGUCCAGCUCGUCCCACCGGUUCUCGUCCAUACCCAGGGAAAGCAGCGACAUCCAUAACCAAUCCCCAGGAAGACCUACCCCCACGCGCCGCCUCCGCCUUCUCAAUGUACCGACCCUCUGAAGAACCCGUUGAAGAACAAGCCCGUGCUGGUAGCGCGCUGUCGCAUCGUCGAUCAACCUCCCAUGUCCCCCAGAGUGGUCCCAUCGGCCGUCCCUUAGCCCAAGAGCCACGUUCAGUUUCCGUGCGAAAGAACGUCUUCCCCUCGCAAGUCUUCUCGCGUUCUGUGCCUAUUGCUGCAUCGCCAGUCCCCUCUUACCGCGAGAAUGGCCAUCGGCUCCAAGAAAAAGAAGAGGCGCGUUCUCUACGUGAUGCACUGCAGGGACUGGACUUGGAGGAUGACGACGUGCGUAUACAUCAAGCAGCUCAGGACGAAGCUACAGAGCUGGUAUGGAUGCAUCAGAACCCGGGAAUGGCCAACAAGAACCCCUACGCGCCAUAUCGCAAUCCGGAUUCUAGCAAGGGCGAUUCAAGCCCCGCACGAAGAAGCUCGGUCUCCCCCCCUAAGAAACACAGGCAUUCAAUUGGCUCUAGUGGCUCUUCGAGUAGCCCCUCGAGUCCGGAGCUUACCAUGGAUUCAGCGAAGAGACGGUCAUCUAGAGCGGGCCUGAAGAAGAACCUUAAAGUCAAUUUCGCCCUUCCCGAUGAUCCAGCGGAGCCUGUCACCAAGAUUCGAACAGUCAGCGGGGACUCUUCCAAGGGGGUAUUCAAAAACCCCAAUGACCAUAUUUAUGAAGAACCCAACCAGCCUGUUAAAGAAGCAGCCGACCCCCGACCUCUCUUCUCGAGGUCUGACUCGUCGGCGUUGCGGAAUGAACCUCGCAAUGCAUUUUCGCGUACACCCAAGCCUCUUCCCUGGCUGAGGGAUCGGAACAGCAAUGGAUCAGUUCGCGACAAAAUUUCCAAAUUUGAUAUUCAUAAGAACCCACCUACUCAGUCUCGGAACGCUGGGUACACAAGAAACGAACCGACCCCACCACCCGAACCCUCUACCAUGGAAGAGGUCCCCACAAAAGAUGGUAUCGAGAUCCGCAGCGAUGAUAUCCGGGCCGCCACCAGCAAGAAGCUUAAAGACCGAAGCGAGAAUCUUCCUCGGCCUUCUGCUGUCAGUGAUCGAAUCGGCAGACCGAUUGUGAGUUUUGAUCCGAAGUGGCAGCCAGCGGAACAGUCGAAGCCCAACCGCUCUUCCCCACCUCCACUGCCUAUUAUCGAGGUGUCGCCAAGCAUUGAGAUCACUCCCAGCAUUGAAGUCUCCGCACCUCCCAUUCCUGUUAUCAACAUCCCAGAUAUCAAGGAGCCAACUAUCUCGGAAUAUAGCUCGUCAGUCAAACAAGAGAGUAGAUCGAGACCAGUGCCUCCAACGAACCGUCGGGAUCUCCCAACGCCCUCGGGAAGACAGCCUUUGCAACCACAGAGUCGGUGGACCACGCCGUACAGCCGAUCUGGGGUACCAACUGCGAGCUGUGAGGCAUGUUCGCUCGGUAUUUCUGGAAAGAUCGUGACAGCCGGAGGCUGUCGAUUCCACCCGGAAUGUUUCGUCUGCUUCCAUUGCCAAACCCAUUUAGAGUGUGUUGCGUUCUAUGAGGAGCCCUCCGCUAGUCGAGAGGAACGUCUGGCAAGCUCACCAGAUGAAGAUCGUGUGCCUCGAUUCUACUGCCACCUGGAUUUCCAUGAGCUAUACAGUCCCCGCUGCAAGAGCUGCAAGACCCCAAUUGAGGGCGAGGUCGUAGUUGCUUGUGGUGCAGAAUGGCAUGUUGGUCACUUUUUCUGUGCUGAGUGUGGAGAUCCUUUCAAUUCCACAACACCCUUUGUCGAGAGGGAUGGCUUUGCCUGGUGUCUCAAUUGUCACUCUCGCCGCACUGCUGCCCGCUGUCUAGGCUGUAAGCAGCAUGUCCUCGAUGACGUUGUUGUCAACGCUAUUGGUGGGCAAUGGCAUGAACGCUGCUUUACUUGCCAUGAGUGUGGAGACGGUUUCGGUCCUGAAGGCCGCUUCUUUGUCCGUGAAGGCGAGCCGAAGCGUACAGCCAAGGGUCGUAUUAUCGGUGGCCCUGUACAGCUAGCUAUCUGUGAACGAUGUGAAGCCAUUCGUCUCAAGGCACCAGGCAUGUGUUAA